UUGACAAUGUCAAAAUGAGAGGGAGAUUGUCAAAGUCAGCUGAUAAUUUCACAGUUCACUAAAAAAGCAUCGCGUCGAAAGGCGGAAAAAAGUACAAUAUUUCAUAACUUCAUCAUAAAAAACCAUCAAUUACGACAUGGAAAAUGAAAAGGUAGAAUUGUGUGAAAGUUUAAUAAAGUGGCUGCAGUGUCUCAAAUUGAGCGGAGCCCAUGGGAACGCACGGGAGAUGAGUGAUGGUGUCGCAAUGGCCCAGGCACUGAAUCAAAUAGCACCAGAACAUUUCACAGAUUCUUGGUUGUCGAAAAUCAAGACAGACGUCAGUCACAAUUGGAGACUCAAAGUCAGCAACCUCAAGAAAGUGGUUGAGGGUGUCUUUGACUAUUACAUGGAUGUCCUGAACCUCAAUCUCUCGGAUUUUGCCAAGCCGGAUGUUAUGCGUAUUGCUGAGAAGGCAGAUAAAGCUGAACUCACCAGACUCUUACAGCUUAUACUCGGGUGUGCAGUGAAUUGUGCUGAGAAGCAAGAUUAUAUCACACAGAUCAUGGAACUGGAGGAGUCUCUGCAGAGGAAUAUCAUGCGAGCUCUGCAGGAUCUCGAGGAAGCCUGGCAAGGAUCUUGUCCACCCAUCAGCACCAUCAGCAUUCAGCAGUUCGACGUGAAGGCUCUGCAAGAGGAAAGGGAUACACUAGCUCAAAAAUGUCACGAGAUGGAGAGUCAAAUUGCCUUCCACUUGGAAGAGAAGACAACGAUGCAGCAGGAAAUUACGAAACUCAAUCAAUUGGUGGAGAAAAUGGAGUCUCCGGCAAUUGGUGAUGAUGGAACAUCAAUUGGACCAGUUCAGCUUGGAUCGGCCAGAUACAAUGACCUCAGGAAGCAACUAGACAGUGUAAAGGACGAAUUGCUACAGGCUGAAACAGCCAGGGAUGACCUGAAGAUGAAGUCACGACAGCAAGAGAUUGAAAUCAUAAAUCUCCAGGCAAAAGUUGAUGAGCUCCAUCAGGCUUCCGUGGAAUUGAGUCAGCUCAAGGAUGAAAUAGACGUAUUGAGAGAAGCCAGUGACAAACUAAAAAUCUACGAGACCCAAUUGGCCACAUACAAGAAAAAACUUGAAGAUCACAGUGAUCUGAGGAAGCAAGUGAAGAUGCUGGAGGAGCGAAGUGCAGAAUAUCUGCGACAGAAUAUUCAGCAUGAGGAGGAUUCCAAGAAGUACUCAGGACUCAAAGGUCAAGUGGAACUCUACAAAAAGGAGAUACAAGAACUGCACCUAAAACUGGACACUGAGAUCAGCAAGAGUGCCAAGAUUGAGUUUGAGCUAACCAACAUGGAAGGAAAUCUCAGUGCUUUGCAGCGUGAGAAGGAAAAUCUAUUGAUAGAGAGAGAUACUUUGCGAGAAACUUGUGACGAAUUGAGAUGCACUCAGGGUUCCAGCGAUUCCACCAAUACCAUUUCCCGUGAGAUUGUGUCGCCCACGCUCAAGGACAGAAUCGACCGACUCGAGGCUGAGAACAAGGCACUGCGGGAGGGCCAAGGUGGUCAGACAGCUCUAGCGGAGCUUUUGGAUGAGUCACAGCAGAGGACGGAGAAGUUGAGGGAGCAACUGAAGCAAGCCAAUCAGAAGAUCCUAACGCUGACGCAAGGUCAGACAGAUGAGAGUAGUGCUAAAGGGAAUCUUGUGGGACAGCUGCGUCAGGCACUUGAGCUGAAUGAGCAGAGGGCAUCUCAGGUGGAAGAGUCUCAGUUGCAAAUGAAUAAUCUGCAAGCCAAGGUGGCACAGCUCGAGACUGCUCUGGCCAAUCGUGAACAAGAAUUGACUACAGCUGAAACACGAUUUAGAAAAUGCAUGGAAAAAACCAAGGAGAUUAUCAAGAGUCUCGAUCCGAGAUUGGCAAGUGAGGUGUCACUGUUGGAUCAGGGCAAGGCAGCUGAUCCUGAACCAGAAGCCCGAAGUGGUGGUGGUAUGAGUCAGACUGAGGAACAAUUGGUCACAUCGGCUUUCUACAAAUUAGGCUUGGCACGUCAGCGUGAGGCCAUUGAUGCUCGAUUGGCACUACUCAGUGGAUCUGGACAGAGUUUCCUGGCACGCCAGAGGCAGCCGGUACCACGAAAACCGGCUGCUUCUUUUAAGACAAAGUAAAAAACAAUUCCACCAAGGAACAAAAUAUAAAAAGUGCCUUGGAUCACUCUAAUCCCCCUUAGCAAUUUUAUCACACCUUUUAUCAUUAGCAUGUAUCCACCAUUUCACUGUAUUUAUUAAAUUUUUAUUAUAAAAGACACACGAAUAAAAAAAUGUUCAUUUUCGUGGAAAA